AUGUCUACUCUAACACCCAACACCUCGAUUCCACCCAUCCCUCUAAUCGUAGACAAGAAGAAAUCAUCACUUCUCAAAAGACUCUUCAAACAAAAAGAGCCCCCAUCUGAAGCGCCAGUCCCCUAUACACGUCUAAAAGACGGCGAAAUCCGCCUCGUAAAGCUACAUCCGGGACCGCCCUCCUCCCCCAUAACCCUCACCACAGAAAUCGUCUCAACCUCAGAAGCACACUCGAAUUACACGGCGCUAUCAUACGUCUGGGGCGAUGCCAUAGAUACGCUCCCGAUCCACGUCGACAACCACAUCUUCCACGCAACCAAGAACCUCCACUCCGCGCUCCUGCACAUCCGCGUCAUCCUAGACUCCUCGGACGUGGUACCCCUCUGGAUCGACGCCAUCUGCAUCAACCAGAAUGACACGCUGGAGCGGAACCACCAGGUCGCCCGCAUGCGCGAGAUAUACUCCGCCGCAGACCUCGUACUAACCUGGCUUGGUCCGGACCUCGGCGAUGGCCUGCUCUACCUCCGCGAACUGGGCGACCACGCCUUUUCAAAGUACUUCAUGAGCGGCCCGGAAGACCCGUACGCACCGCCGCAGAUGGUGGGAGAGAGACCUCAAAACCCCGAGAUUCUAACUAGCCACGUCCAGGACCGGUUUGCCGACAUCCGCGCCGCUGUCAAAGUGUAUGUAUCGGUAUAUUGGGAGCGGGUGUGGACGGUCCAGGAGUACUCUGCGCCGACGAAACUCGGCGUCUUCCUGUCGGGCACUGUCUGGAUUGACCGCACCGCGUUUCUGCCGGCUACAACGCUAUACCUCCAGGUCUUUGAGCGAAUGCGCAACUCUCUCCAGCGACAACGCAAGGACUUCUUAUGGAUAGACAUGUCGGUGCGGCAGGUUACAAAGAUUGAAAAGUGGAAUAGGAUGGGGUAUCGACGACUUCGUCUCGAGAAAGGGGUAAACAGUGCAGAAGCGGAUGAUGAUGACGACAACGAAGACAAGACACCCCCGAGGCAAGGUCUGAAAGGGGAAAGCGGACACUUCAACAUCCUCUCCCUCCUCACAUCCUUCCGCCAACUCAACGCAACCGAUCCGCGAGACCGCAUCUACGCGCCCCUGAACCUCGUCCACUCUCACAAAGGCAGCAGCAGCGCGCCGCUCUUCAAAGUAGACUACUCCCUCACGGUCCGCCAACUCUAUACGGCCGUCGCGCGGUACCUCCUGGAAAACAUAGACUUCUGGCCCUUUAGUAUCCUCGAAAUCUGCCGAUACGGUACGUCGCCAGACCUCCCGUCAUGGGUCCCCGACUGGCGCGUUUUUCCGCGGAAAAUAAUCUGCCGCGAUCCCAAGACCGGGCUUUCGGAAGUUUGCGCGAGCCGCGGACUUUCGCCAGCGGACGGCGAGCGGUCAUGGAGCAUUAUCGACGAAGACAAGCUGCAGCUCAAGGGUGUCGUGCGCGUCGACACCGUCACUGAGCUAUGGGAUGUGUUUGAUUCGCGCGACAUGGGCGAGAAAAAGGAGUACCCGACAUACGCCCUGCACAACCCAGGGGAAAAGUAUGAGCCGACGGGAGAAACGGUGCAUCAGGCUUUCCGGGCGGCGGCGGGCGUCGAGACGCAUCCCAAAAUCAUUCAACUUUCGCGCAACGCCUCAAAGUUUCCCAUGUUCAUCCAGGAAGACUGGCAAAUGAACCGGGCAAUGACAGGUCGGCUCAAUCGUCGGCGGUUCGCGCGUACGAGCCGUGGCUUCGUCAGUAUCGUGCCAGAAGAGGCCGAAAAGGGUGACAUUGUAUGGCUCAUCCCUGGAGCCGACAUGUUCUAA